AUGAAUAACAUAAAUGAAACCAAUUAUCAAGAAUAUAUCAAAUAUAAUCCUAAUGGUACAGUAAAUUUACCUUUUGGUCGAGUUGUAGAGUGGUAUCUUAAUAAUAUACCUAUGCUUAAAAUGUGCCGUCUAAAACAUCAAAGUCGACAAAAAACUCCACAGCUUGUAAAAGAAGGUGUAAUAGAAAUUAAACGUGCUACAGAUGCUAUUGAUUUUUUAGAAUGGAAAACUAAGCAAGGGGCUGUAAAAUCAACAAAUAGGAUUGAUGAUACAAUAAUUUUAACUACAAAAGGACAAGAAUUAUUACAAGAAAUUCAACUUGAAAUAGAAAAUGUGUGUAUUGGAGUAUACAAAGAAAACUUAAAAAAUGCAAAUGAUAUGCAUUUAUGUCAUGUUAGAGUUACCUUAGAAUGUCAAAUCUCAUGGUUAAAUUCUCCUACGCCUUUAAAAAUAACAAUGCAAGGUUCUCAUGUUCCACAUAAUUUUCCGGUUAAUCUGCAACUACGAGUAAAACUAGCGAAUUUAUAUGAACCUGAUAAUUCUCCAGACAGAUAUUAUCAAUUAACAGUAUCUGAUGAAUUUUGGCUACGAAAUGGAAGAGACUUUGGCAAAUUCUGUAUUGGACUUGAUGGCAAAUACCUUAAUGUAGAUCGCACGCCUAUAUUGUCUAUAGUUAUUGAAAAUAAUGCCGGUUGUGGAACACCACUUACAUUUGCAUUAAGUAACAAAGAAAAUCAUAUAACAAUACGCAUGGCUGUUUUAGCAGUAAAACAAAACAUUCCAUGUAAUGAACAUCAUUGGUAUUAUGAAAAUUUAAAUAAUGGAAUCUUUCAACGAAUCCAUGUUCACAAAAUAAUUCAUGGAAUCCAUAUAUGA